UCAAGACUCAUGAUGAUUCUCAUCACAUUUAUUUAACAUGUAAACUUAAAAUUGCUUUGCCAAGUAUAUGGAAUGACAGGUUAGGACAGUACACAGAAUGAUGCAGCAGAAAGCCGGUUGAUGAAACACGCUCUCUGAGAUAAAGGAAAUUCGGGUGACAUCGAGGAAAAGUAGAAGUUAAGCCGCUCGAACAUACAAAUGGCGACAGAAGAGCAUAAACGUUUAUCCGACAUCGUGAAAGGGACUCAUGCUUUUUUGCGCGCCGAGGCUCAGCAAUACGGAGCUGAGGCCGCGUGGGAGCGUCAUGUGUCUCGAGGUGACGUUUUGCAGAAAUACGCUGCAUCCAUGCGAGAAUUAGCUACUAAAUGCUGGACGGAGAAUUAUCUAAAUCCAAAAAAUGACACAUACUGUAGAAUGGAAUGGAUAAAAACUCAAUGUAAGGAAUACUUUCUGAACGGUGGCAAAGAGAAGUAUGACGAACGGGAACGAAAUAUAAGCACAAAGAUAUCUUCGGGCGAGUCAAGCAGUGAAAAUUUUCAAAUCUUCAAUGAUAGUCACGGCUAUGUGGAAAAUAAACUACAAAAUAUUUACGGGCGGAGAGUAUCACUACUUGAUGUAGGAAGUUGUUACAAUCCUCUCGGUAAUGAAGAUGAAUUCAACGUUACCGCGAUAGACCUAACUCCCGCGACAAGUGCAGUACUUCGAUGUGAUUUUUUGAACGUCAUGAUCGGAGAGAAGGAAAUUCGUUCGCAGGAUAAGCGCGAGUUUCGUCAGUUAGCCGUGAAUUCAUUCGACGUUGUAGUGUUCUCCCUAUUAUUGGAAUAUUUGCCGUGUCCGAGACAGAGGUACAUCUGUUGUAGAAACGCCUACAACGUGUUGAAGAGCGCCGGUGUAUUAAUCAUCGUAAGCCCGGACUCAAAGCACGUUGGUGCGAACACGAAACUGAUAAAAUCCUGGAGGUACACGCUGAGCAAAUUAGGAUUCAUGAGGAUCAAGUAUGAAAAGCUGCGUCACAUACACUGUCUAGUGUUUAGGAAAUGUGCAUGCAAGAACGUGGCGACACGUUGGGCUGAUCUGCAGCAUUUCACACAGGACGAAGAAAAGUACAUAUCCGACAGGGAAAUUUUUAUACCGCAAGAUUUUCCAAAUAUUUGUUCUAAGGGAAAACAAGAAAACAACAUAUACAAAUACGAUGAAAGUGAUUUAAUAAAUACGUUCUCCGAAUUACCUUUUGACAAAGCAUUUUGAUAAAAUGUGAAUAUAAAAUG